AUGUCUCUUUACCUCAUGUCUCGUUACCUCAUGUCUCGUUACCUCAUCAUGUCACUUUACCUCAUGUCUCUUUACCUCAUGUCUCUUUACCUCAUGUCUCUUUACCUCAUGUCUCUUUACCUUAUGUCUCUUUACCUCAUGUUUCGUUACCUCAUGUCUCUUUACCUCAUGUCUCUUUACCUCAUGUCUCUUUACCUCAUGUCUCUUUACCUCAUGUCUCUUUACCUCAUGUCUCUUUACCUCAUGUCUCUUUACCUCAUGUCUCUUUACCUCAUGUCUCUUUACCUCAUGUCUCUUUACCUCAUGUCUCUUUACCUCAUGUCUCUUUACCUCAUGUCUCUUUACCUCAUGUCUCUUUACCUCAUGUCUCGUUACCUCAUGUCUCUUUACCUCAUGUCUCGUUACCUCAUGUCUCGUUACCUCAUGUCACUUUACCUCAUGUCUCUUUACCUCAUGUCUCUUUACCUCAUGUCUCUUUACCUCAUGUCUCUUUACCUUAUGUCUCUUUACCUCAUGUUUCGUUACCUCAUGUCUCUUUACCUCAUGUCUCUUUACCUCAUGUCUCUUUACCUCAUGUCUCUUUACCUCAUGUCUCUUUACCUCAUAACGUGUAAGAAAGCCAUGGUCUGCAUCUGA